UGAUAAACAUGUCAAGCCUAAUGGAUAGACUGCCGUACACCUCCCUGCUCAUAUUUUACUGUUUUACAAUCGCCUGCGACUAUGGAAGAGGUCAAGAGUUGUCUCCUUCAUGUGAAGUUGGGCUGAUGGUCCAAAGAGGCACGAUGUGGAAAACUGCCCCUCGACAGCGUCUGACACUCAGGUGUCCCGUCAAACACUGCGGAGAAUCACUGAAUGUCACCUGGUGUAAAGAGCUCGACACAAACAAAUGUGAACGGAUUAAUUUUAUGGAGAAUGUAGAAAUAAACCAGAAUGACAUGCAUGCUACAGAUGAACUGAUCUCAUUUUUGACUUUCAAACGGAUUUCCGUGUAUGACGGCGGCCUGUACAGAUGCUUUGUAAAAGGACACGGAUAUGAGGUGGUCAGUCACACCAUCAACAUCUCAGUUUCAGACCUGAACCAGGGGGUGCAAAACUCAGACAAUGGUGCAGAUGAGUUACCACCUGUUGCUGGUGAUGAAGGUGUGCCCUGGCUGCCCUACAUCUCCAUCUGUCUCAGCAUCGCUCUUCUGGUUGCCACGCUGACAGUGUUAACCCUCCUGAACACUUGGGGCUGGAGACGACUCCUGAACCUCCACCGCACGAAGGAAGAGGAGAUAUCCACUCACAGUAUACCUGACCUCCCUAUGAGGAAUAUUACUUCGACUUUUUUCCUUCAAACCCUCCCCACGCCACCAUCGCAACCUUCCCCGAUGACCAGUGGAAACCAGGCCGCUGCGGCAAACACAGUAGAUGAGAGUCAAGGGUCAGACCGUGCAGUUUAUGCUGUCAUCAACCACCGGCAGGCUGGGACACCGGCCAGAGAGCGGCACACUGAGACUACGCAAAAUGAAGAUAUUUUUCAGAAUUCAGAAUAUGCUGCCAUCAACGUUACCUAAACAGGUGCAGGCGAAAACGCAAGCGGAAAAGGGGUUGUGUCACGGAACAGAAGCAAAGGUUAAGUGAUCAACCACACCGCUGAAGAGGGGACACAGGAGGCUUGUGGUAAUACAGAUGCACAGCAGUCACCUUUAAUGUUCUCACUCUCGGGUUUGUUCCAGGCAAUGCUGCUUUUUAUUAUUAAUUUCUUGUUUAUUUUUCUAGCUGUUUUUCUCCUCCAGUGUGCAUUUACAUGACUUGGAAGAAUUUUUUUUUUUUACUUAUUUAACUUUGCUGGCCAAAGCUUUAGUGGUUUGUAUUAAAAAAAGCCAACAACUAUGUAGACUUACUCACUGAAUACUUCUUCUUUUGUUUGAUUUGGUAGUUUAAAGGGUGAAG